GCUGUAUAGUAGUAUCCGAGUAGUACAGUAUGUGGGUGACCUGCCAGUGGGCGGCUUGUAUUAGUAUCGCGAGGAGUUACUUGAUUAUCAUUAUUUGCAUUAUUUGCAAGGAUUAUUAUUCGUUAUACUGCAGGACGCUGUUCGUAGUGGUUAUUAUUGAAUGUAGUCGUAGAAAUGCUAUGAAGACAUGUGCGACCACGUUCAUUAAACGAUCAUUGCUUGAGCAACGUUUGCCGCGGACGAUGGUGUGCAACGCCACCGCGCCAAUUGUGGACGGGGAAUGGAAGCGCCAGCAGCUUUUCACGAAAGUUUGUCGCGCCUGUCGGCCACCAUACUCUUUCUCUUCUGGCCACAUCCGUCCUUUUUCAUUUUCUCCGCCCUCACGACCACAACAUCCUAUAUUCGUCCUGAGAGAAUUGGCCAGACAAUAUUUGUUGCAACGCACACGUUUGAAGUAUGCUUGCGCUGGCCCACCCCGUCCAGCAUACAUCCGUAGAUUGUUCUCAUAGAUCCACACCAUCCUCCACGACUACUCGGCCUGUGCGUCCUGGUCCUCGCAGACCGUCUUCGUUUACGGUCACAACAAGUUCGAAUACCCCUUCACUCUCAUCAACACUGCCUGCAUCAUCAACGAGCCGGCCUUCCCUUAGGGAGGACCAUUCGUCUCCUAGGCGUCCAUUACCUCACAUUCCAUCUUCUUCCCAGCUUCCCCAUCCAGCACCUUCUCGCCGAGACAGUGGGGAUGGCUUCUCCCAUCAGAGGGGAAAGCAAAUCGAUCCACCUAGCGAACCACAGCCGGAGCCAUUCAACAUUCAUACAUAUGAUCCCCAACAGCUGCUACGAUUACUAGCUUCACUGCUGACUCAGAUCGCUACGACCAACGACUCUUUAACCCGCAGGGAAGGAGGGUCGUCUAUACCACUUCAGCAUAAAUCAUCUUGCUCGCCUUCAGAACCCCACCCUCCUAUAUGGAAUACUCUCACAACAGCUUCAAAAGAGGCAUUGUCGAGCACGUCUUCCUUGGCAUUCCAUGCGCGAAACAUUCCUUCUAUAUCCCUCGAAGCCUACCUUGUACGCAUAUUGAAAUAUUGUCCCGCCAGUAACGAAGUAUUUCUCUCGUUGCUGGUCUAUUUUGAUCGCAUGUCGAAGUUGGCAAAAGAAGCGAAUGGGAGAUUAUUUGUGAUCGAUUCGUACAAUAUCCAUCGUCUCGUCAUUGCUGGAGUGACUGUUGCAAGCAAGUUCUUUAGUGAUGUAUUUUAUACAAACUCACGAUAUGCCAAGGUCGGUGGACUUCCACAGGCCGAACUUAACCAGCUGGAAUUACAGUUCCUUCUGCUUAAUGACUUCCGCUUGAUGAUCUCGAUGGCAGAGAUGCAAAGCUACGCAGAGCAGCUCAUCCGUUUCUCCCAAACCAACGCCGAUCCAUCACUUGUACCCCCUCCUAGCCUUCGCACUUCUUCGAACGGACCAUCCCCUGCCGCACCCACUAAGUACAUGAACUACGUCGGUGCACAACACGAUCGUGUUGCAUCUCAUGUCUCAGACUACGUUGCGGAACCCUCGGUAGUACAGACACCGCAGGCUGGCCCAACCAGGCCGCUCAGACGGUCAGGGAGCCCAGUUUCGCUGGUGUCGGAAGCAACGAGCGAAGCAGAGACCGAGUUCGAUGGAUCUACUGACGAUGAACCCACUAUUCGACCUACACAUUCCUCUGCGUCCUCAGAUGCAGCGAGCAUAUACUCGACGUAUACGGAUGAAGGAGAUAGCAGCAGAGAGGGUUUUGACGUUGAGGAGUCGAUGCGAUCGGCACGCAGAUCGGGAGGCGACUCUCACAUGGCGAGUCCAUAGACAGCAGGCCCUGUCUAGCAUCGAACUUUUAGAACUGGUAGACAGCAUUCAACAUACAAGGGCAUUUUCUUUUUCUCCCCGUUCUCUCAUUCUUUGGUCAGGAAAUGAAUUCUUCGCGUUGUUACCAUUACGUCUCUUAAUUAGCAGAAGUACUCUUGUAGUAAGAUUCGGUUAAUGCCUUGCAAUGUACUAUUAUACAACAAUGCCAAAAUAGCUAACCAUGUAGUCUUCACGACCUGUUGGCCCGAUCAACUCUGCCCUAGACCAAGGUACAUUGGAGAUUCCCACUCAAUCAAAAG